UUGCUCCUAUAUAAACAGGUUUGGUCAGUGGUGCCUCGUACUCUGUUUUCUUCAUCACAGUGAUUUCUGAGGAGAAAUAUAACACGAGUGACAAAAUGAAUAAGCUGCUGGUGAUUACUGUGCUGGUUGCAUUGCUCGCUCUGAGCGCUGAAAGCUUCCGUGUGCCGAGGCAGACUGAUGAGGAUCAGGGGACUGUGGCCAAGGUCACAGGUACCUUCAAGACCUACUAUGACAGUGCUGUCAACACUGCCAGUGGAUACCUAGAACGCAUCAAGGGUCUGAAGCUGGAGGAGAAGGCAAAGAAUUUUUAUGACGAUAGUGCCACAGCUGUGUCCACCUAUGCAGGCAUCGUUCAGGAUCAGCUUGUUCACAUGUUUUAUACCCAGCAAUAAACUGAUUUCCAAUUACCUCAGCUACCUUUUCGGACAGAGUAAGAACUUUCAAGUUCCACACAAAAAGCCUAAAUGUCAUCUGUAAAUUUCACCUCAUCUAAGCCUCCGAAUCUCAAACCUCAUCUUCAAAAAACAUUGACCCUAUGAGCUCUUUGUGGCACUUUCUUUGGCCACAGAACUGGUGGUAAAUGAUAACCAUCCAAUGGGAACAUCUUGCACGAAGGAACUGGACAGAACAACUUGGAGGACAGAACCAGAGGACACACAGCACCUUAUCAUGUACCAACAAUAUUCUCCAUGGGUCUCAGAAUUAGAAAAGCAACAAGAUAAUGCAAAUAAUAAUGAUACAUCGCCACCUACUGGUGUUUAUGUUUCCUCUUAAUUGAGUGAUGGUCUCUGAGUAAGUUUAAAUAUUUGUGUCAUAUCUUGAAAUAAAUACAUUUCUACAAACAAAA